AUGCAUACUUUAUCGUCGAUCGAAGAGGAGGCGGAGAGCAAGAAACUGCAAACAAUCGGCGAGGACUUUUGCGGUCUGGACGUGAACACGCCUCUUGGCGGCGAGGAUCCGAUGGAGGGUAGACCGGUCAUCACGUUCGAAACGAACCUGACCGCGGUGGCAGCGACUUCGACCGGCGACUUCACCGUUGUCUUCGUAGGGACCAAGGAGGGUCACCUGAAGAAGGUGGUCGUAGAGAGCGCGACCAUAGCGCUGGAGUACGGGGACCUGGUGAUCGAUCCGGACUCGCCGGUGAACCCGGACCUGCUAUUCGAUUCCCAGCUGAUGCAUCUGUACGUCAUGACAAAUAAAACGGAGAACAAAUGCAAUCUGCGUAGCGACUGCCAGGACGCCGCGAAGGAUCCGCUCUAUUGGAUCUCGUACAAGAGCGGCAGAUGCACGGCGAUCACGUCCAUCAAUCCGAACGAAUUGCAACGCACCACGACGAGAACACUGGAGCUGGUCAUCGAGAAUCUGCCGACCUUACCUGGACAGUUUCUCUGCGCGUUCUCCACUUUGGACAAGACGUUGAUCACGAACGCGUCGAGGAAAUCGUUCGGCGUGAACUGCACCACACCGAGAACCGAUUUGCUGCCCUCUAUACCGCUUGGACAGCAUCACUUCACCGCGAAACUGUCGGUCAGAAUGACGAACGGGCCCGAUCUCGUCGCCACGAACUUCACCUUCUUCGACUGCAACACCUACAGCUCUUGCACUCGUUGCGUGUCCUCGAGCUUCCCCUGUGACUGGUGCGUGGACGCGCACAGAUGCACCCACGACACGGCUGAGAAUUGUCGAAACGAUAUUUUAGUCACGGGAGUUAAUAGAUUGGGUCCAAGUUACAGAAGCGGCCCAGCUUUCUGUCCUACCUUGAACGCGACCGAUACCCAAGAGAUCCUGGUGUCUUCCGGCAUCAAGCAACAAAUCCGCGUCAGAGUGCACAUCAUCGGGCAAUUCAUCGUGCAGACCCGUUUCGUCUGUCAGUUCAACAUAGAGGGCCGAGUGACGAGCGUGAACGCUCGCUUAUUGGGGGACACGAUCUACUGCGAGGAGACCGAGUUCUCGUACACGUCCCGGGCGGCGAACAUCACGGUCCCAUUCGCAGUGAUCUGGGGCGGCUCGAAGCCGCUGGACAAUCCGCACAACAUCCAUCUGGUGAUCUAUCGGUGCCGUGAUAUGGCCGACAAUUGCGGUAUGUGUCUGGCUCUGGCGCUCAAGUACGACUGCGGCUGGUGCCAAAGCUCGGACAGGUGCGAGGUGAAAACCCAAUGCGACCGGGGGACUGGCACCUGGCUGAACCGUAAUCAGACCUGCCCGAACCCGGAGAUACACUCGUUCGAGCCGGUGAUGGGCCCAUGGGAAGGGGACACGAACGUGACCAUACGCGGUAUCAAUCUGGGCAAAACGUUCACGGACAUCUACCACGGCGUCACGGUCGGUGGGAUGCGUUGCCAGCCGUACGAGGAGCUCUACAUGCGCACGAAACAGAUCGUCUGCCGUGUCGACGGUCCCGGCACAGAGGAAGGCAAGAGUGGCCCGGUGAUCGUCGAGAUCGAGGAUUUCCGCGGUCAGUCGGAGUACAACUUCGAGUUCGUGGACCCCAAGAUCGACUCCAUAAUACCGAAAUACGGCCCUCUGAGCGGCGGAACCACAGUAAAAAUCACUGGAAAAUACAUGAACGCCGGCAGCACGAUCGAGGCGUUCAUCGACGAUCUACCGUGUUUGAUAAUCAACGCGGACACAAACGAGGCACUGUGUAUAACCAGCGCGAGCGGCCGUAAGAAAAGCGGCGUAGUGAAGAUGACGUUCGACGGGGCGUUCAGGAUCUACGACGGUUACUUCGAGUACGUCGACGAUCCGACGAUCGAGAGUGUGGAGAGCGGGGUCGCCAGUCAGGUGAAGAUACCAAAGGGUAUUCCAGCCGGCGGUAUAAAGAUCUCCGUGACUGGGAAGAACCUCGGGUACAUACAGAACCCGCAGAUGUACGUCUACUACGACGAGAAGAUGUUCAUUUCCCAGUGCGAGGUGCACAGUCAGGAAAGCAUGAUCUGUAAGUCACCGUCCAUCGAGGUACCUGAACACGACGUGGUGGACGCGGAGAAACCGUUGAUGCUCGAGUACGGUUUCCGUAUGGACAACGUGACAGGUGUACAGAAUCUCUCGAAGAACGGUUUCAAUCAUUUCCUUCUCUACCCGAAUCCGAUCUACGAGGAGUUCGACGAGGAAAUCAAGUACUACAAGAGCGACUACCUGAACAUCAACGGGCAACAUCUUGAUCGGGCCUGCCAGGAAUCCGACGUGACCGUGCAGAUAGGGAACGCGUUCUGCAACGUCACCUCGCUGUCCAGGCAACAGCUCACCUGCAAACCACCGUUGACGCAACCGCCCGCCAUAGACUCCGAGGGUCUGCCAAAUAAACAGGAACUGCCCGAGGUUAUAGUAAUAGUCGGUGGGACGCUUCGUUAUAACAUAGGAAAACUUAGCUAUGCACUGCCAGCUGGCCUGAAUGGGCCGCUAUCGAAACCAGCCCUGAUCGGCGUGAUCGCCGCUAUUGUGAUUUUGGUGUUCGUGUUUAUCGCCUUUUUGAUCGCCUAUCGACGAAAGUCCACCGAAAGCAACAGGGUACUGAAGAACAUGCAGGAGCAAAUGGACAUUCUCGAGCUACGUGUCGCGGCCGAGUGCAAGGAGGCGUUCGCUGAACUGCAGACCGAGAUGACUGAUCUAACCGGGGACCUGACCAGCGGCGGUAUACCGUUCCUCGAUUAUCGCACCUACGCAAUGAUGAUAUUAUUCCCGAGCGACGAUAAUAGCCCGGUGCUGCAAUGGGACCGACCGGAGCUCGCCCGCAAGGAAAAAGGUCUGCGUCUGUUCGGGCAGCUUAUCAUGAACAAAACGUUUCUGCUACUGUUCGUGCGGACACUAGAGAGCAAUCGUUACUUCUCGAUGAGAGAUCGGGUGAACGUGGCCAGUCUUAUCAUGGUCACGCUUCAGAGCAAGAUGGAAUACUGCACGGAUAUCUUGAAGACCCUUCUCGCGGAGCUGAUCGAGAAGUGCACAGAGGGGAAGAGUCAUCCGAAGUUGUUCCUUAGACGAACGGAAAGCGUCGCUGAGAAAAUGUUGUCAGCUUGGUUCACCUUCCUCUUGUACAAAUUCAUGCGAGAAUGCGCCGGAGAGCCAUUAUACGUGCUGUUUCGCGCUGUGAAACAACAGGUCGAUAAGGGUCCUGUGGAUGCGAUCACGUCUGAGGCAAGAUACUCAUUGUCGGAAGAGAAAUUGAUCAGACAGUCGAUCGACUUUAAACCAAUGACGGUCUGCGUGUCCAUAUCUCAACAAACAGUAUUUGUCGGGGGCAUGGAUCCAAACACGGAAAAUGUUCCGGUGAAAGUACUGGACUGCGACACGAUAUCUCAAGUGAAAGAGAAGGCGUUGGAUACCAUCUACAGAGCCACGCCUUAUAGCCAAAGGCCUAGGAAGGAUGACCUUGAUCUUGAAUGGCGAACCGGAGCAUCCGGAAGAUUGAUCCUCUACGACGAAGACUCAACAACGAAGACAGAGGGUGAAUGGAAGAAACGAAACACUUUGAAUCACUACAGGGUACCGGACGGGGCCUCGCUGAACUUAGUCUCCAAACAAUCGUCGAUCUAUAACCUGUCGAUCCUCUCGGAGAAGACGGACAAAUCGCACAAAUACGAGACCCUGAACCUUAGCAAAUUCAGCUCAGCCAGCCCGCCGCUGUCUCGUGCCACGUCGCCGUUAAAUCAGAACCACGACGGCGGGCUCAAAUGCUGGCAUCUCGUCAAACAUCACGACUCCGACGCGCGAAAGGAGGGCGAUCGCGGUAACAAAAUGGUCUCGGAGAUCUACCUGACGAGGUUACUGGCAACGAAGGGUACGCUACAAAAAUUCGUCGACGACCUGUUCGAGACGAUCUUCAGCACCGCUCAUCGAGGCUCCGCCCUUCCCCUCGCUAUCAAGUACAUGUUCGAUUUCAUGGACGACCAAGCUCUGCAACACGGCAUAUCCGACCCCGAAGUGGUCCACACAUGGAAGAGUAACUCCCUUCCGCUUAGGUUUUGGGUUAACCUCAUUAAGAAUCCGAAUUUCAUUUUCGACAUACACAAAUCGAACAUCGUGGACUCGUGUCUCUCGGUUGUGGCGCAGACGUUCAUGGACAGCUGUUCCACUUCAGAUCAUAGAUUAGGUAAAGACUCUCCGAGUUCUAAGCUACUUUACGCAAAGGACAUUCCAGUGUACAAAGAAUGGGUAGAACGUUACUAUUCAGAUAUCAAAGUCAUGCCAGCCAUAUCCGAUCAAGACAUGAACGCCAUGCUUGCCGAAGAGUCUAGGUUACACACAACGGAGUUCAACACAAAUUGUGCCCUCUACGAACUGUACACGUACGCGGGUAAAUACAACGAACAGCUGAUAGUGACACUUGAGGAGGACGAGUUCUCGCAGAAGCAGAGACUGGCAUACAAGCUCGAGCAGGUACACAAUAUAAUGGCUGCGGACAACCCCUGAUGUACCAUGAACUCCAUGAAGCACAUGACAAAGCCUGCCCGCCAAGAGUUACCCUGCUGAAUACUCGACCGCGCAGUUACGGUAUUCUCCGAGGAAGCAACCAAGAGGACUGGCCUAUCUUAUAAUCGAUCGUCUCAGGUUUCCCGUGCAAGCCAGUUAUCUCAGCUUAGUACGCGAAUUAAAAAUACUACACAAAGAAGAUGAAACUGCACAACCGGACCGCUAAACAAGCUUCACGGGGGAAAAAAGUUCGAGUUUGGGAGGACUAUACGUGUUGUUUGGAAGUAACGUGUGAGAAAACAAAAAAUGAUGUCUUCUGAAUGGUCGCUGGCAGGGGCGGUGUGUGCACGACGAUAAUCAGAACUCGCGCCACGCAUAACUGUACAUAAGAUACCAAAAUCACGAUUAAUUGUAAUAGAAUUAUUUGAUGUGCGGCGGCCACACCGGCCGGCGGCCAUGGGCACAGAACAAAAUGACAGAAACCACGUGAGAAAGAGAGAGAGAGAGAGAGGAUCUCGCCAACGCUUGCGGCCGCGAUCACGCCGCGAAUCGGCGGGCAUAGGGGUUUUAAACGAAACGAGAGGAUUUAAAAUUGGGAGAGAAAAAAAAAGUAAAAAAUAAACAUUAGUGAUAUAAGUGAGUGAACGAAUCGGCCGAUCGAUCCCGAUUGUUUGUAAAUGUGUUUAAAAUGAAACGAUCGAUAACGCCGCGCGCCAUCAUCGGGGGUAUCGGCGAUUUUUAACGAAGAAACAUUUCCAUCCACCGCUACUAGCUGAAAUUUUUUGAAUUACGAACAGACGAAUUUUAAUAAAUAAGAUAAUUAACGAUUA